UGAGAGGGGGCGGGAGGUAAGGGGAGGGAAGUCCGUCGUCCUCGGCGCGCGCCCACCCGCCCGCGGCAGGGGAACCGAGGGGGCUGUAAGGGAAGCAGUUCCCCGCUGCGUUGUUUUGCGCUCCGGGAGCCCAAAGGGGGAGGGGAGCAGAAGGAAGAAACAAACACUUCGGAGCGGAGGCUGCGCGCGGCCUUCGCUGCCUGCGUGCGUACGUGCGUGCGCUCGCUCGCGCGGGCUCAGUGCUGGCGCGUGAGGCGGAGGCGGGCGGCGGCGGCGCCUGCGCGGUCGGGCUCGGUCGACGGUUCGCAGGGGAGGAGGCGGCGGGAGGCGGAGGAGGCGGCGGCGAUGGAGGUGAAGCGGCUGAAAGUGACCGAGCUGCGGUCGGAGCUGCAGCGGCGGGGCCUGGACUCGCGCGGCCUCAAGGUGGAUCUGGCGCAGCGGCUGCAGGAGGCGCUGGACGCCGAGAUGCUCGAGGACGAGGCCGGCGGUGGCGGGGCCGGGCCCGGCGGGGCCUGCAAGGCGGAGCCUCGGCCUGUGGCCGCGUCGGGCGGUGGCCCGGGCGGGGACGAGGAGGACGACGAAGAAGAGGAGGAGGAGGACGAGGAGGCGCUGCUUGAGGACGAGGACGAAGAGCCACCCCCUGCCCAGGCCUCGGGCCAGGCCGCGCAGCCGCCGCCGGAGCCCCCGGAGGCGGCAGCAAUGGAGGCCGCGGCCGAGCCUGAUGCUUCCGAGAAGCCGGCGGAGGAGGCCACGGCCGGGUCAGGUGGGGUAAAUGGUGGCGAAGAGCAGGGCACCGGCAAGGGGGAGGAAGACGAGCCGGAGGAGCGGAGCGGGGACGAGACGCCGGGAUCCGAGGCGCCGGGUGACAAGGCCGCAGAGGAACAGGGAGAUGACCAAGAUAGUGAAAAGUCAAAACCAGCAGGCUCAGAUGGUGAGCGGCGGGGGGUAAAGAGACAGCGGGAUGAGAAGGAUGAACAUGGCCGAGCUUACUAUGAAUUCCGAGAGGAGGCUUACCACAGCCGCUCAAAGUCUCCGCCACCCCCUGAAGAAGAGGCAAAAGAUGAGGCAGAGGAUCAGACUCUUGUGAACCUGGACACGUAUACCUCGGAUCUCCAUUUUCAAGUGAGCAAAGACCGCUAUGGAGGGCAGCCGCUUUUCUCAGAGAAGUUCCCCACCCUUUGGUCUGGGGCAAGGAGUACUUACGGCGUGACAAAGGGGAAAGUCUGCUUUGAGGCCAAGGUAACCCAGAAUCUUCCAAUGAAAGAAGGCUGCACAGAGGUUUCUCUCCUUCGAGUUGGAUGGUCUGUUGAUUUUUCCCAUCCACAGCUUGGUGAGGAUGAAUUCUCUUAUGGUUUCGAUGGACGAGGACUCAAGGCAGAGAAUGGGCAGUUUGAAGAAUUUGGCCAGACUUUCGGGGAGAAUGAUGUCAUUGGCUGCUUUGCUAAUUUUGAGACUGAAGAAGUAGAACUUUCCUUUUCCAAGAACGGAGAAGACCUAGGUGUGGCGUUCCGGAUCAACAAGGAAUCCCUGGCAGAACGGGCCCUCCUACCCCAUGUCCUCUGCAAAAAUUGCGUUGUAGAAUUAAACUUCGGUCAGAAGGAGGAGCCCUUCUUCCCACCACCAGAAGAGUUUGUGUUCAUUCAUGCUGUGCCUGUUGAGGAGCGCGUGCGCACUGCAGUCCCUCCCAAGACCAUAGAGGAGUGUGAGGUGAUUCUGAUGGUAGGACUGCCUGGAUCUGGAAAGACCCAGUGGGCGCUGAAAUACGCAAAAGAAAACCCCGAGAAAAGAUACAACGUCCUGGGAGCUGAGACUGUGCUCAAUCAAAUGAGGAUGAAGGGGCUUGAGGAGCCAGAAAUGGACCCCAAAAGCAGAGACCUUUUAGUUCAGCAAGCCUCCCAGUGCCUUAGUAAGCUGGUCCAGAUUGCUUCCCGGACAAAGAGGAACUUCAUUCUUGAUCAGUGUAAUGUGUACAACUCUGGCCAACGGCGGAAGCUGUUGCUGUUCAAGACUUUCUCUCGGAAAGUGGUGGUGGUUGUUCCUAAUGAGGAAGAUUGGAAGAAGAGGCUGGAGUUGAGGAAGGAGGUGGAGGGAGAUGAUGUGCCUGAGUCUAUAAUGCUGGAGAUGAAAGCCAACUUCUCUCUGCCUGAAAAAUGCGACUAUAUGGAUGAGGUGACAUACGGGGAGCUGGAGAAGGAGGAAGCUCAGCCCAUUGUCACUAAGUACAAGGAGGAGGCGAGGAAGCUGCUGCCCCCCUCCGAGAAGCGGACGAACCGCCGAAACAACCGCAACAAGCGCAACCGGCAGAACCGAAGCCGAGGCCAAGGCUACGUGGGCGGGCAGCGCCGAGGCUACGACAACCGGGCCUACGGGCAGCAGUACUGGGGGCAGUCUGGAAACAGAGGGGGUUACCGUAAUUUCUACGAUCGAUACAGGGGAGACUAUGAUCGAUUCUACGGACGAGAUUAUGAGUACAACAGAUACAGAGACUAUUACAGACAGUACAAUCGGGAUUGGCAGAAUUACUACUACCACCACCCCCAGGACAGAGACCGAUACUACAGGAACUACUACGGUUACCAAGGGUAUCGGUGAAGCCCCUGUCAUUCUCGCCUGUCAGCCAUGAAGCUGAAUCUCUAGGGGUGCCAGGCACCCCCCAAAACACAACCAAGGAAAACAGGGGCUGUUCGGGUGGGGCUGAGCUGCCGGGGAGGGGUGGUGGGGGGGGG